AUGCCCGCCAAAGAACGAAGCUUAGCGGGAAAGAAAUGCUCGGAAAUCCGAGGGCAAUGUUCGGCUGGCGAUCACUCCUUCAAAAAGAAGAGAUUUUUACCUCAAGACACCAUGAAAUUCGGGUGCACUGCAAGUAUUCGUCUAUCAGAAGUUAUUACAUAUCCAAGUUACAAGAUCAGGGAUGACACAGAGAGACUUCGACGGGACAUGUCCAAAAAGCUAAAGACUGAUACCAACAGUGGACAAAAACCUCCAUAUGAACGUAGAAUCUAUAUCUACCUACCAAAGGAGGAUGAACACAAAGACCAUAUCACUGGCGAGGUUUGUUAAGCACCCGUCCGAUGAAUGGUCUUACAAGUAAACCUAAGAUCAUUUUUAUAAAUUUUUCUGUACUGAUAAAUGAGACAAUGGUGAAUUUUAAGCUUGGAAAUAAAACUGCUGAACCUAGCAGUAUGCAUGCAGGAUGCAUGUUAAAUGGGCUGGCUCUCCGG